GCUUCCUAUCCUAUAGAAUAAAAAUUUGAUCCAAGUGAAUUAAUGGACAAAGUGGCACAAUAUGAGCGCGUUUUCAAUCACUUUGAUGCAAACGGAGAUGGCAAAAUAUCACCUUUGGAGCUACAACAAUGUGUCAGGGCAAUCGGCGGAGAGCUGUCGUUGACAGAGGCAGAGGUGGCAGUGGAGCACCUGGACUCAGAUGGAGAUGGGCUGCUGUGUUUGGAUGACUUUGUCAAGUUUGUUGACGGCGGAAGAGAAGAAGAGAAGGUGAAUGAUUUGAAGGAGGCAUUUAAGAUGUACGUGAUGGAUGAUGGGUGUGGGUUUGGUUGCAUUACACCCAAGAGCCUUAAGAGGAUGCUGAGUAGACUCGGAGAGUCCAAGAGCGUUGAUGAGUGCAAGGUCAUGAUUUCCAGAUAUGAUCUCAAUGGUGAUGGGGUCCUCAAUUUUGAUGAGUUUAAGGUCAUGAUGUUUUGAUAUCCAUGCAGUAGUGUAGUACUAUGGUUACCUUUCCCGUGUCUAGGAUUAGAUUAGAUUGGAUAAUCGAACAUAUUUAUGUAGUAUAUAUAUGUUUUUAUGUUUUUAUGUUUUUGCUUAGCUUUUGUAAUUUUUUCAUUCAUUAGUAGUUUAUUUAGGAUUCCUUUAUGGCUUUAGGACCUGCUUUUCAGCCAAUCCUAACUUGAGACAGUGAUAUGACAGAGAUAAAUAUUGCAGGGAUAUAGUUGAUUAAUAUUAGAGAGAGGGAUUCUUAUCAUCCCUGGUAUGUUUUUUUUAAUACAAGUGAUAGUCUAAACUAUAAGGAGAAGCAGGGUUUUUCACACACACAAUAUCGAUAUGUCAUAUGAGUUCGAACUUGAGACCACUGAUAUGCAAAUUAAGACCCUUUUUCAUUAGGCUUGAACCCGUUGGCAUCAUCAUCCCUGGUUUUACACAACAAUACAAUACAA